AUGAAUGCUAAGAAAUCAAUUUUUAAUUUUGUGUCAUCGAGGUUAAAAAUUAUUUUUAAUAACAACACUUAUAAAAAUGUGAAAUGUAACUACAUAUUUGAAAGAGCCUACUCAUCAGAAACAGAAGACCUGAAGGAAUACAAAAUUCCAGUAGAGAACAUAAGAAAUUUCAGUAUAAUUGCUCAUGUAGAUCACGGAAAAAGCACCUUAGCUGACCGGCUUCUAGAAAUAACCGGCGCAAUUCGUCGUAAUUCCGGAGCGCAGGUAUUAGACAAACUCCAGGUGGAAAAAGACCGCGGAAUAACUGUAAAAGCCCAAACAGUUUCAUUAAAAUACACCUACAAUGGCACCGAGUAUCUUCUGAACCUAAUUGACACUCCCGGGCACGUGGAUUUUGCAACUGAAGUUCACAGAUCUUUAGCAGCUUGCCAGGGUGUAAUUUUACUUGUAGAUGCAAAUGACGGCGUUCAAGCGCAGACUGUUGCCAAUUUUUACCUGGCGUUUGGCCGCGACCUGGUGAUAAUCCCCGUGAUCAAUAAAAUAGACUUAAAAAAUGCAAACCCUGAGCGGGUUGUAAAACAAUUAAAAACUUUGUUCGACAUCGAGAGUGAGGAAGUCUUAAAAAUUUCUGCUAAGCAGGGCACCAAUGUGGACAAAGUUCUUGAGACAAUUGUCGAGAAAAUUCCUCCUCCACCAGUCUCUCGCGAGAACACGUUCCGCGCGUUGAUUUUUGACAGCUGGUACGAUCGCUACAAAGGUGCGAUUGCUUUGAUUUAUGUUUCUGAUGGAGCUUUGUCUAUGAGACAGAGUCUCACUUCUGUUCAUACCGGAAAGUCUUACGAAGUCAAGAACUUGAUGCUUCUCAGGCCGGAAGAGGAAUACGUCAAGACUCUUUUUGCAGGACAAGUCGGCUGUAUUUCUUGCAAUAUGAGAACUACCAAGGAAGCUCACAUUGGUGACACUCUUCAUUUGAAAAAUCAUCCAGUUGAGCCGCUAAUUGGCUUCAGUCCUCCGAAAGCUAUGGUCUUUGCUGGUAUCUAUCCUAUGGACCAGUCUCAGCAUGUUGCGUUGAGAAAUGCUAUUGAAAAACUCGUACUGAAUGACAGUGCUGUCAGUAUGUCUCUCGAGACUAGUCCAGCACUGGGUCCAGGAUGGCGACUGGGUUUCUUAGGAUUACUUCACAUGGAAGUAUUUUGCCAGCGACUUGAACAAGAGCAUGAAGCCGCUCCAAUAAUAACAGCUCCCAGUGUUACGUAUAAAGCUAAAAUUCAUGGAAAACAAAAUUUAAAAGAGUAUGGUACUGAUGAAAUUUAUUUCAAUAAUCCGAGUAAGUUUCCAGCUUCUCAAAUUGUUACUGAAUAUUUUGAGCCUAUGGUACUUGGAACUAUCAUUACACCUGCGGAAUAUCUAGGCGGUGUUAUGAGUCUGUGCUUGGAAAAAAGAGGAGUUGAACAGAUGACCAAGUAUAUUGAUAAAGAUAGAUUAAUGCUACAAUUUAUUUUACCGUUGAACGAAAUAAUAAUUGACUUUCAUGAUGCAUUAAAAUCAUUGAGCUCUGGUUACGCUAGUUUUGAUUAUGAAGAUAAUGGUUAUCAAAGAACAGAUAUUGUCAAGCUGAGUGUUCUGCUCAAUGGGCGUUUGAUUGAAGAAUUGAGCACGAUUGUUCACGCAUCAAGAGCUACUGAAAUCGCCAAACGAAUGGGUACUAAAUUAUUAGAAAUUAUACCAAGGCAACAAUUUUUAGUUGCCAUUCAGGUGACUGUUGGAGGCAAGGUGUUAGCAAGAGAAAAUAUCAAGCCGUAUAGAAAGGAUGUAACUGGAAAAUUAAAAUCUGGCGGAGAUGUAUUAAGGAGGAAAAAACUUUUGAAUCAACAGAAUGAAGGGAAGAAAAGAUUAAGAAUGGUUGGGAAUAUAAGUUUACCGAGAGAGACAUUUAUUGAUGUUUUAAAAAGAUAG